CUUUUACGCCCUUACGAGGCCUAUCAGAUCGCGCUAAAGUAAAGUAAUUCAAAGUAAACAAAUUGCUCCUUUUGGGUUUUCGGUGGCGGUUAGGUACCUAACCUAGCUUCCGGCGCGUAUUCUGCCUUAUCCUUGCAUUGAAUCUUUCACAACUAGGUUCAUUCAAUACCCAACAACUCCAAUAUACCAAUUGCAUCAUUAGUUUCAAUUGUCUUCUCUUCCAGACUGCCAGAUCCAGACCUAUGUUCAUUAACUGCCUAACCUAGUAUCUAUCACCAUCGCUGGUUGCUAUCAUGGAUAUGGAUGAAUCAUUAUCAUCCCCUGACCCGCUGGGCGACGAGCCUCCAAGUUCGGCCUUUCCACAUGCGCGACAUACUGAUCAUACUUUCACACACCACGACCUCUCUGCUAUUUCGAUUCCGAAGAGCCAAAUAAGGAGGUCCUCACCGGCGAGGCAAUCUCCUAGGAGGAGAACAUUUGAACUCGACGUCGGCAACGAGCACGCACCGCAAAGGUUACUCGUCACAGUCGAGGCCGAAGAGGCCAUGAAGCGGGGUAUCAACCGAAGACUCUUUCAAUCAUCUUCACCGAUACGAGCUCCCCGCCGUAGAGAAGCCAUCAUGACUACUACGAUACCACUUAACGAUGAGAUAGAGAACGAAGCUACUCCGCGACGACGAGGCCGGCCGCGGCGGACAAGCAAUGGCACUCCUAUGCCGAGGGGGAAGAAGAGGGCUGCAACACCUAUGAAAGAGACUCGGCGCACGCGACAGAAGAGCGAUUUGGAAUCCGAAGCCAGUCUAGCGGAUGCGACACCGACCGGACCACAAGUAGACUCGGUCGCGUCGAAAGCAAAGGCGAAGGUACGAAAGACUCCUAAGAGCAUAUCCACGACCCAGGUUAUUCCGUCGUCGCAACUCUCCAACAAUACGACCAAGAGGAAACGUGGGCGCCCGCGAAAAUCUGUGAUGCCAGAGGAGGUCGCUAUAUUAGCAGAUGCAGGCGAUGUACCAGGCAAUAGUGUAGCCAACAAGAAUGCCGCUCAGUCUGUCUUCGAUAAUUCGGAAAACCUACCGCCGUCAGCUCUGAGCCCAGUUCUUGAUUUGCCCGAUAAAGAGGAAGGUCGGCAAGUGACGACCAGCGAUAAUCUUAUCGAUGAUAUUAUAGAGGCGAGUGGAAGGACACCGACGCCGAGAAAUGUCUCAAACUUAUAUGAGAAGUCGCGCGCGGGGCAAGAUCUAGGAUCAGAGGCGGUGUCAUAUCAAGAAGAAGAAGAAGAGCUGCACGAUAGUGAUGUUGGUAUGUCUGAGGACUACCCGGCAUUGAUGGAGGCCCAUAGCGACGUGGAGUCGGAUCUGGAUAAUACCGAAGGGAUACCUCACAGCGGACAGGACACGCUCGCACAUGCCUCCGACUUCAGUAUGAUUGCUGUGGAAUCACUCCCUUCGUUCCAUGCGAACAGAAGCGCCCUCCUCUCAGAUCCUCCGGAGAUGGGCGAAGAAACGAAUAUGAUAAUAAACCAAACGCUAGAGUCAUGGCGAAACAGUACCCGAACGGAAGCAGAACAAUCAUUAGCACGAUCAACUCAGAGCAACUUACCAGCGGAGGAUGAUCAUUCUGGCGUACCGGAUCGCUCGUGGGCGGAGGGUGGUGAUCGCAGUCCAAAGGAACGAACGAGGAGCCCGAGAAGACAAAGGCAACUACCCUUGAGUCGACAAGUAUUUGCAGGAAAAGCACCUCAUGUAGACGAUUCCUUCUCGAGUCUUCCGGAUAGUAUCCUCAAAGCAGCAACCCCGGGGCGUCUGCCUAUGAAACCGACCUCUGUAGUAGAACAACAUGGCGAUACCACUGCAUAUGAGGAUGAAUUUUCCGAGAUUUCAGACGCUAUUCUCGAGGCUGCUACUCCGAAGCCAGCAACUCGAGUUGGAAGAUCUACGGACGAGGGCCAUACGGAAGCAUCGAUCGUUGAUGGACAAGUCAACUCUGUCAAUAGACAGACAGGACCUAGCUUUCGAUCGAGCAGACUACCGACUCCCGAUGAUACGUCGUCUUCUAAUGCUGGUUCUAAGAAGGCCCGGGAAGAUGAAGCUGGCCCAUCUACAAGAGAACAAGACGUUGCUGGUCCCAGUUCUAAUUCAGGUUUUCAAUCUUCACCUCCUAUUAUGAACCGGCCACGCGCAAUGGAUUUUGGGCCAUCUCGGUUAGACCAAGAGAUCAACAACACACCAGAAUUACAGCAUUCUUCUCCCCAACUACCUCCUUCCGCAAAAGCAGCCACGGAGCCUCCUCAAACUUUAGAACCGCCUCCUAAUAGUAGACCAUCGCUCUCGCCGAUCGUACGCGUUGGACGAACCCUCCAAGAUGUGAUGUCAGACAGACCAUCUCCUGAACGUCGCGAAAGUAGUCUCGGAAGCCCAUUUAGAGGAUCGGCUACGAAUGACCCUUCGCAACCCUUUCCUUCGGAUCAAUCCGGCCAGCUAUCUAUACCUAAAUCGCCAUCUCGAUCUGGCCGUGGCGUCUCUACCCAACUCAACCCUCGAUCUUUAUCUGGUCCUAGUGCUGCUCUCUCCCAAAUCAGAAGGGCCAGCCUUUCUCAUAGCCAAUCAUCAGCACAAGGUGACAUUAUUAGUAAUGUCUCGGAUCGGUUCGGUUCAGCUAUGCGCAAUAGGUCACAAACCGAAACAUCGAGAAACAUUAUGUAUAACACUAAUGACCAAGCACCGGAACAAACUCGUUCGCUCGAUCAGUCGAUGUCUAAUUCAGCUAGAGAAAUACCGUCGAGUGAUAAUGGGAUAAGCUGGGUCCCAGAUGACGAUAACCAUCAGCAAAACGUGAAUCAGGGCUCAGGUUCCCAGCCAAUACGUCCUCAAAGUCCAAGCGUUUUCGCCACUUACGACUCAAAUGUAAGUCGCGCACCAGCUGAGGCCACGAAUCCUGAGGCGGAGGAGCAGCAGGAACAAGAAUUGGAGGAGCAAGGAGAUAGUGCGCUAGUAGACUACGAAGCGGAGGAAAGCGACAUCUGGGACAUUGAGGCAUCAAGGCCAACACCUAGGAGACCGGAGCGCACGCAACGUACGUCACGGCAUCCCGAUCAAUCCACACGACGGACAAAGGUUCCAAGCCCCUGGAAAAAAACCAGCAGGCGCCUCAUUUACCGCGAAGAGAUUGCAAGCUCUUCUCAAAUAGAAAUUGAGGAGAAUCAGCAGAGCGAGGCAGAAGAUGCGCCGCUGAUGCGUCAAAGGCCGAGGGCUUCGGAUGCUCACUCUAUACUACAGGGGUGGAAUUCUGAGGCUACUCGCAUUAUUGAGAGCUCGUCUCCUGAAGCGGAACAACAAAUUCUAAGCCCUCAGCAGGAGAUCCAGGAGCAGCUAGAAGCCCAAGAGCAGCCAGAGUCUCGGGAACAUUCAGAAGCCCGGGAACUGUCGGCAGAGUCAGAAGAGCAAGAAGAGCCAGCAGCGCGUGAAGAACCAAGAAAACCCGUAGGGCCCGCGGAAACUGCGGAAACUGCGGAAGCCGUGGAGUCUGCAGAAGCGUCCGAGUAUUCAAUGCUAGCACAGCGGGCAGAGGCUGCCCCGGCUACUCAACAGAAGCCUAAAUCUAGACUAUUCGGUGGCUUUGAUAUCAUGUCUUUCUUCUCAUCACCGGCCGCAUUACCUAAGAAGACUCCGGAAUCUGGGCCAGCAAAUACAACCGGUAUAAUCGAAAAGGUCGCCCAGCCUGUAUUCCAAAAGCCACUACCUAAAGAAACGACGAGCCAGCCCCCUAAGGAACCGCAGAGGUCUCUUUGGUCUACAGGAUUAUUUUCCUCAAUUCCGCAAAAGGAAUUUCAACCGAGCCCAGAACCACGAACAAGCAUGUUCUCACCGGCGGCUCCUUCACAAUCUAACGAGACAAGGCAAAAAUCUUAUGUAGAAAACUCGCCCUCGCCCUCGCCCUCGCCUGCUCCAUCGCUUUCUCCCGAACCUGAUUCUCCCGAGCCUCCUCCGCAGUCAUACCAACAAUCACCUGGACAGACACCUGAACCGUUACCCAGACCGUCACCUGAGCAGUCCCCUGAAGAGUCCCUUGAAAAACAAUCACCCGAACGGUCGUCUUCACCCUCUCCUCGCCCCUCAACGCCUGAACGUCAGGCCUAUCCGCCAACCGCGCAGAAAAGAAACUUCACGCCGCGACCAGGUCAGUCUGGCUUGUCUCUAUUUAGAAGCGAACCGGCUCCCACCAGAAGUGAGGCAGAUGAGGACCUCCUUUUACUACCGAGUGAUGACCAAGAUGAUCAAGAUGAGGAGGACGAGGGGGACGGGCGGAACGAGCAGGAUGAGCAGGAAGCGGAUGAGGAAGAGGACGAGGACGGAUACGAUGAACAGCACGAGCAACAAGAUUCAUCGCUCUUGACAGACGGGACGGACUAUGAGCGCUUCCCACCAAGAGACGUCCCAUCCCGGUGGGAUAGGACGCUUUCGCCGUCCAAGUCGUGCUUCCGUUCCCCCAUGAAACCUACUACUCCGGGCCGGGUCGUGGCUUUUAUGCCUAGUGCGCUUUCUUCCACCUCCCAGGCUCAAACUAGUGUCGCGAAUCAUCAAAAUGGCACCAGGAGUAACAUAGUCUCCCAAGGGACCGUUCUCCGACCCAUCCCCGAAAAUACACAGGAUGACUCAACGGAUUAUUCGUCCUCCUCAAGCCGUAGCACUGACGCUACAUCUCCUACCACUACCAGUCCUCCCACAAAGAUGCUACCGCAAAACGGCAAGGGCAAAUCCACCGCGCAAUCCUCGUCUCGCCGACCUACCGCCUUCGCUCUAUCGAAAACAGAAUGGACCCGCCACCACUGGGUACGUCUAGACGAGCUCCUCCAACUACGACGCUACGACCCCCUCGCUUUCCAGCAGCAGCAGCAGCAGCAACAGCAGCAGCAGAAGCAACAGUCAUGGGUGCAGAGUUGGUGGCGUCGCCAACCCCCCGCCCCCAACGCCUCGGCUCUCAUAGGGAAGGAAGUCUCGGCUCAGGGCGAGAGCAUAAUCCUAGAGCAGUGGCAUAUCGAGGUCGUAGAGGCGUUCGCUCGCGAAGUCGGCGGGUGGAGCGAGAGUGCUCUUGCGAAGAGGAUCUUUGCGCUGAUUGUAGGCGAGGAGAGGAGGAGAACCGGAAGGGCCGGAAGGGUGGAUAAGGGGAAGGGGAAGGCUGUUGCUUAAGACUCCAGCUUCGGUUUCGUUGUUUGAAAAAAAAAGCGCCUAUAUACGUCUAGGAGGGGGGAGAAAAAGUAGUGACGAGUUGUUUGAUAAGGGUAUUGGAAAGCAAAGAGCUAACGUACCUACUCUAUCAUAUACCCUAGGCUAAGGAUAGAGAGCAGAGCAAAAGGGGGGGUGUACGUGAUGAUUACCUGGAUACAUAGCGGUUUUUUUGGUCGAUUAGCAUUUGGUCCGGUCUGGUUACUUUAUCACAGGGAGCGAGCACGAUAGGUCGCAUCGCAUCGCAUCAUAUUACAUCACAUCACGUUGGAGGAGUUACUUCUUAUACCGUCGGUUCGUUUUUGUACAUACAUAGCAUAACCACGCACACAGGGCCUUGGAUGUAUGCGCGUAUAACCGGCGUUUUAGGCCCAGGCAGGCAAACAAGCGGGUGGUCGGGCAAGGAUACAUGCCAUGCCAUAUCUUAUACUUGCAUUCGAGAGGCGUUUGGAUGCGGAAAAGGAGGAUUGGCAAAUGUAUAGGCAGUGAGAUUGUUUGGGUGCUCGAUAUUAAUUAGAUACCCUUCUAUUCGUCCUAAUUUUGAUUACA